AUUGGAAUAUCAUUGUUGUCCCACUUAAUAAUAAUCUUCAAACAUGAUGAGUGUGUAUAUAUAUAUAUAUAUAUUACUAUUAUUGUGGUUGGUAUUGAAGCUAAUUGCCUUGUAAGAUUUAAUCAUCAGAGUAAAUGUAGGGAAGUUUGUGGGCAAUGGUUAAUCCCUUGCAGUGUAAGUCCCCUAAUAACAUCUUAGACGUACAGAAAAAUAUUCUCUAGUCUUCAAAGCUAAAAAAAAAUUAAAAUAAAAAAAUUAAAAAAGCAUAUAGUAUAUGACUUAAUAUUUAUUAUAAUCAUUAUAAGAGGUGUUUCAAACGUGUACUCUGCUCUCUCCUUCACCUUUUGGAAUUAUUAUCUCUUUUAUUUAAAGUGUUGUUUCUUCUCUCAUAUUUGAAAAGUUACAAUUGUAAAAUCUCCUCUCUUUUUUUGAGUUUUCUAUUUGCAGGACUAAUUAAGAAGAAGAAUGAAGAUAAAAUUUCGUCCAGUGUUGAGAAAAUAUAUUGCAUGGAAUGAGGCCCAAGACACUAAACCGGCCCACAUGGAAAUGGACCUCAGAGAGGAAUAUGCCCAUGCUUUUCGAACCGAAUCGUAUACUGAUUUCUGGACACGUGUUCUUGCUUUAUCCGAAAAGAUUUCUUCUCCGACCAAAAUUGUGGGCUCCACUUCAGCUGCUCGGCUUCCUUCUUAUCGCCUUUUCGUGGAGCAUCUUUUGGAUCCGGAUCAACCCACUGUGACUCGAAUUCUCAAUUUAAUCCGAACCCAUCAAGAUAACCACUCUCUACUAUCCCAAUACUUCACACAAACUGCUGAAGCUUCUCUACUCUGUAGCCUUUUAUUAAAAGACGUGCAACGUACGCGCUCCAGAUAUAAAUCACUUAAAUCCGCCCUAGACUCCCUCCAAAAAACACCGUACUCGCCUAAAAAACACAUGCCCAAAAUCCUGACCCGAUUAACUAAAUUUUGCAACUCACUUAACCCGCUUGUUUCAUCAACAUCUUCUCCGCUCCGAUUUAAAACCGUUCAAGCUAACUGCUCGCAAUUGCUAAAACGGAUCGAACUUAAGCGCGAUAAGACCAAAGCAAAACUCCGAAUAAUAAAUAAAUUCAAACGCGGCUCAGCCGUAUUUGUCAUGGCUUUAACAGUCUCGCUUACGGUUAUCGUAGCGACUCAUGCACUAGCCUUGCUAGUUGCGGCUCCAACCGUAAUGAUGGCUUCAUUUCAGCUGAUGUCGACUAAGAAGCUGGCUAGCUGGUCGGCUCAGCUGGACGUAGCCGCUAAAGGUACGUACAUAUUGAUUAGAGACUUGGACACUAUAAGUCGGCUAGUGGGUCGGCUAAAUGACGAGUUAGAAGACUUGCAAGCCAUAGUACGGUUUUGGCUUGAGAGAGGCGGCGACCCGCUUCAGCUUGAGCUACAAGCCAGCGGAGAAGUGGCGCGCCAGCUGAAAAAGAAUUAUGCUAACUUUGUGGAGCAAUUGGAUGAAUUAGAAGAACAUUUGUAUUUGUGUUUCAUGACAAUUAAUAGGGCUCGAAAUCUUGUUAUCGCUGAAAUUAUGAAUUCGAGUCCAUAUUUGUUAACCCAAAUCAAAGUAUAGAAAUUUCUAAAUUCGUAUCUCGUGUAUUAUGCUAUGUAUUACAGAUGUGUUUACUUGUUCAACUUUAUAUAAAUUUAACUGUUUGAUUUAUUUAAA